CUCCAGGAUGGGUCGAGGGAGGUGGGGCCGACUUCUCCAGCCUGCCCCGCCCUCAGACACCCGGACACUCCUGAUCAACAGAGUGCGCAGGACGCCGGGGUGACUAGCACCGGGGACCCCAAGCUGGAUCCCGGCGAGGGAAAGACUGGAGGAAACUGUGUCAGAACAAUGAUAUCGAAGCUGCCAUUUACCCCAGAAAGCAUCCCAAGUGCCUGAUUUGCAUCCCAGGAACCUUCUAGGCAGAUAUUGUCCUGUGUGCCCACAUCCUUGCUUCUGAGAAACAGGUGGUGCAGCAACUCGGUUGACAAUACCAUGGGAUCCACCCCAGAAGGAAGAGAUGGUGCUUUAUGGCCAGACACCCCCAAGGGCCCCCUGAGUGCCUACCGAGCAAGAGCUUCCUUCAGCUCCAAGGAGCUGCUGCUCUUCUGGGAUGGCGAAGAUGUGCUCCAGUUCAAGAAAACCAUCUUCGAGGCUUUGGAGAAUGACCCUCUCUUUGCCCGCUCGUAUGGGACCGAUCUGCCUCUAGAGAAGCAGCGGGAACUGAACUUCCUUCGUUGCAAGCGGAUCUUCGAGUAUGGCUUCUUCCACAUGGACGACCUGUUGAAGGAACCCCUGAAGAUCCCAGCGUUGAUUACCUGCCUGGGCAUGUACGACUGGUCCCUGGCUAACAAAUGUGUCCUCCACAUGUUGGUUUUUGGAUCCACAAUUUUCAGUUCUGGUUCUGAGCAGCGUUUCAAGUACCUUAAGAAGAUCUAUAACAUGGAGAUUUUUGGCUGUUUUGCUCUGACUGAACUGAGUCAUGGGAGUAACACCAAGGCCAUGCGAACCACAGCUCACUACGAUCCUGCCACCCAGGAGUUCAUCUUACAGUCCCCGGAUUUCGAGGCUGCCAAAUUUUGGGUAGGCAACAUGGGCAAGACAGCGACGCACGCGGUGGUGUUUGCUCAGCUGCACAUGCCAGAUGGCCAGUGCCACGGGCUGCAUUCCUUCCUGGUGCAGAUUCGGGACCCGAAGACCCUGCUCCCCAUGCCAGGGGUGCUGGUGGGCGACAUAGGGAAGAAGCUGGGGCAGAAUGGCCUGGAUAAUGGAUUUGCCAUGUUCCACAAAGUUCGAAUUCCUCGACAGAACCUCCUGGACUGGACUGGGAAUGUCACCUCCGAGGGCACUUACAGCACCCCCUUUAAGGAUGUCCGGCAACGUUUCGGAGCAUCCUUGGGCAGUCUGUCCUCAGGACGCAUCUCCAUUAUUGGCAUGUCCGUGGUCAACCUGAAGCUGGCCAUGUCCAUAGCGAUCCGAUUCUCAGCCACGCGGUGUCAGUUUGGACCCACAGAUGAGGAAGAAAUUCCUGUCCUUGAAUAUCCACUGCAGCAAUGGCGCCUACUUCCAUACCUGGCAGCUGCCUAUGCCUUGGACCACUUCUCUAAGACACUUUUCUUGGACCUGAUAGGGCUCCAGUAUGGCCUGCUCGAGGGAAACCACAGUGCCAGGCAGGCAGAGCUUGGACGUGAGAUCCAUGCCCUGGCAUCAGCUGGCAAGCCCCUAGCCUCCUGGACAGCCCAACAGGGGAUCCAGGAGUGCCGCGAGGCAUGUGGGGGACACGGCUAUCUGGCCGUGAAUCGGCUUGGUGACCUCAGAAAUGACAAUGAUCCAAACUGCACCUAUGAAGGUGACAACAACGUCCUGCUGCAACAGACCAGCAAUUACCUGCUCAGCUUCCUGGAGCGCCGGCUCCAAGAUGGAGCUGCCUUCACAAGCCCUCUCAAGACAGUGGACUUUCUGGAAGCCUAUCCUGGAAUCUUGGACCAGAAGUUCAUGGGCUCCAGCCAAGCUGACUGGCUGGACUCAGCAGCCCCCCUGGCAGCAUACCGCUGGCUUGUCUGCUACCUGCUCCAAGGGAGUCAUCAGAAAUUCUGUCAAGAGAAAAAGUCCAGAGGCAGCGACUUUGAAGCAAGAAACAGCAGCCAGGUGUACUAUUGCCGGCCCCUGGCCCUGGUCUUCCUAGAGCUCACUGUGGUACAGCGAUUCCACACGCACACACACAGCUCCAGCGUGCCUCCAUCUCUGCAGGCCGUGCUUAGGCGGCUCAGCAUGCUCUACAGCCUCUGGUCCCUGAGCCGGCACAUGGCCCUGCUCUACCGAGGUGGCUACAUUUCUGGAGAACCAGCAGGAAGAGCGAUGGAGGACGCCAUCUUGGCACUGUGUGAGCAGCUGAAAGAUGAUGCGGUGGCUCUGGUGGACGUGAUCGCCCCUUCUGACUUUGUUCUGGGCUCCCCAAUUGGCAGAGCUGAUGGUGAGCUCUAUAAAAACCUGUGGGCAGCUGUCCUGCAGCAGGACGGUGUGUUGGAGCGUGCCACCUGGUGGCCUGAGUUCACUACCAACAAACCCUUGGCCAGCAGGCUGAAGUCCCAGCUGUAGACAUGAUGGGAGAGGCGGCCACAGCAGAAGCGGCUGAUCCAGAGGCCUGGACCCAGGACACCAAGAUACCCACGCUGAAAACCAUGCACACCAUGCCUCUUCCUGGUCCCUAGUCAACCUGUCACCCCCAACUUCAAAUGGGGACAGGUCAUGUCUCAUGUACAGGGUCAGGGAGUUUGCACAGUGUGUCUCCCUGAGGGUCUUGGGAUUUUAGUGAAGGAUUUUACCCAUGCUCUCUUGGGAUACAGAUAGGAAGGAAAAGUCAGGGCUCACAAUGAAGGCUUCUGCUCGGGAACUUUGGGGUCCAUGGGAGAUUUUUGCAAAGCUCUAGUCUCUAUUCUGCCUUCUGAUUCUUUAACCCUUCUGUGCUGUGGCCAUACCUCUGUUUACUUGUCACUUAUGGCUCUGUACCAUGGAGCAUGAGAAUGAUGUCAUUUGAAGAUUUUUAUGGGAAAACUGCUUUAUUACUUAUUUUGGUGGCACCAGAAGUUUCCCUGAGGAAGUGCCCCUGUAGAUGAAGGGAUCCCACAGAGGAAGGGUUCCACAGAGGAAGGGCUCCCACUGAGGAAGUGCCCCCACAGAGGAAGUGCCCCCACAGAGGAAGUGCCCCCACAGAGGAAGUGCCCCCACAGAGGAAGGGCUCCCACAGGGGAAGGGCUCCCACCGAGGAAGGGCUCCCACAGGGGAAGGGCAUGGUGGUGGGGACAUCUAGCCUAUUCACCAUGACAUCCCCACUGUGUCAGUGACAGGGUGGCAGUGGUUUCAGUCCUUUUAUUUCUAAAACAGGGGCAAUGCCCGGUGCCAUCUGUCCCCACCUAGCAUCCCUCAGCAAAUUCACACAUGACAUGACCCUGCUACAUGGCCACCGCCAGACCCUAGUGCUUCUGAGAGCUAUGGGGGCCGUGCUGCCGUCCUUUCCCGCUGUAGGAAGGAUCCUGUCCUCUUAGCCUUUCCGAUGGGCUGUUCUGAGCCCCAGGUGCUUGCUGAGCCCGAGUCUCUGUCUUCAGCACCUUGCUCUUGGUCAACCUCCCCACCCCCCGCCCUGGCUCAGCCCCCUCCCAGAGUUCCACUCCAGCCCAGUGGCAUGGGUGGGCUCUGGGGACCGCCAACUGGAGUCCCUGUGGAACAUGGGAACCAUGUGUUCACAGAUGAUCCCCUCCACUUGGAUCUGUGGCUUUUCCCAACAGGGAGGACUAAGUCUUAGGUCUCCUUGGGUCCUGCCAGCUCUUGGGGUUUGUGCUUACCCCUCCUGCCGCACAGUGGUCACCUCAGUCACCUGUGUGGGUGACUUGGUUUUUGUGUGUGUUGGGGGGGGGGAGCUUGGUUUACUAUCCUGUCUGAUUGGAGGCUGACCAGCAUGUCACAGAAGUGGCUAAGGUCGGUAGAGUGUGGCAUUAAGAUAAGUCACGUGGUUCCCGGGGUGAAGCAGUCUGACUGCAGAGCUUCCAUUGGUGGCUCCGAUGCCCACAGAGUUGAAGUGAUGAAAAAUGUAUCAGCAGUGAUAACUUCUGGGGGAGGAAGGGUCAGUUUUCUUUUAAGAGUGGCCACUGGUGGGUUGACCAUGCUCUAUUGCAUGUUCACACACCCGAGAGCUUAUGUGCAGGCACAAAGAGGACUUGAUGGAUUUUUUAAAAAUGUGUGUGUGUGUUUUCAUAUCCACCCAUUGGGUAUGUCUUUGUCCCUGGGGCAGAGACUGGCUCUCUGGACACCCAGACUUCGAUGGAUGUCCUGUUAGCUUGCAGGCAUCACAUGCCUUGCAAGGAUGAAGCCUGUAUCCUUAGUCACUGCCAGGGUGCAUGUGCUCCACUCCUGUUCUGAGGGUGAGGCUGGUGGCAUGUGAAACAGGCCUGUGGGCAGGAGCCACAUUAUUAAGACAGACUUGUAAAGGUCCCUUAAAAAAUGAAACAUUUAUAAACAGCAGUAAAAACUUGAAUAAUUGCAAUAAAGUGUUGAAAUUGAA